AUGAGUGCUUAUUUUCUAAAAACAUCUUAUGUUCUUCUCUUGCUUUCAUUGCAUACCUCUGGAAUUAGCUUGACAUUGAAGAACUCAAGUAAAAGUGGUGAAGGAAAGUGCAUAGAGAGGGAGAAGCAAGCACUCCUGAGUUUCAAAGAAGGCCUCAUAGAUGACUUUGGCAUGCUCUCCACUUGGACCGAUAAUACAGAUUGCUGCAAAUGGAAACGCGUUCUCUGCAACCAUGAAACUGGUCAUGUACAACUACUUGAUCUUCAUGGAAACUAUGACACUUCACUCAUUCAAUUGCCAUAUAUUCAACAUCUGGAUCUCAGCCAUAAUCAUUUUGUACCUGGUCUCAUCCCCGACUUCAUGGGCUCCGUCACCAACUUAAGAUAUCUUGAUCUCUCUGAUUCUUAUUUGUCGGGGAGGAUUCCUUCCACACUUGGAAAUCUCUCGGAACUACGCUAUUUGGAUCUUCGAGAUAAUUAUUUUUGGGGAGAAAUUCCUAUGCAGUUUGGGAAUCUCAAACACUUACAUUAUCUCGAUCUUGGAGUAUUUUAUCUUACCGUCAAAAUCCCAUGUCAAAUUGGGAAUCUCAGAAAGCUACAAUAUCUCAGUCUCGGAAGUAACACUGCUCCAUAUAAGCCAAACUACAUUUCAAGUUCCCUUUAUGGAGCAAUCCCUUUCAGCAUAGGGAAUCUUCCAUUGUUGCGUACUCUCCGACUAGUUGGCAAUUUUGAAAUAAAAUCUAAGGAUGCACAGUGGCUGUGUACUCUCCAUUCCUUAAAAAUUCUUGAGCUGAGUUCAUUUUAUAGUCUUGGUUCCUCUCACCAGUGGCUACAAACUAUUAGUAAAAUCAUUCCAAACUUAAGAGAGUUGAGGUUAGUUGAUUCUAAUCUUUUGGAUAAUGAUAUUCAGUUUUUGUUCCAUUCUCACUCUUCCAACAACUCCACCUCUCUUACCGUCCUAGAUCUCUCUUCUAAUAUGUUGACAUCAUCAACACCUCAACUCUUGUUUAACUUUACCCUUCAUCUUCAAGAGCGUUAUCUUUCUCACAAUAAUAUAGAUUUCUCACCUUCUCCGGGUCCAAAUUUUCCUUCUAUUAAGAUCCUCGACCUCUCAUAUAAUAUUCUAACAUCAUCAAUGUUUCUUGGGAAUUUUAAUAUCAGCUCCAAAAUGCAAGAGCUUCAUCUCGUAAACUGCAGUAUUAUAGAUCCGAGUUUCUCGGUUUCUUCCGGUUCUGCAAUGAAUUCUUUAUCUUCUCUUCUCUACUUUGAUCUCUAUGAUAACUUGUUAAAAUCAUGCUCUAUAUUUCACUGGCUUUCUAACUUCACCACAAAUCUUCAUACCCUUCACAUUGAUUAUAAUUUCUUGGAAGGUACCAUUCCAGAUGAAUUUGGGAAAGCGAUGAACUCUCUUGAAUAUCUUUCUCUCUCCAAUAACAAACUCCAGGGAAAAGUUCCGUCUUUCUUCGCCAUCAUGUGCAGAUUACAAUACUUAGACCUCUCAAAAAACAGAUUGGAGGGCGAAUUUCUGAGCUUCAUUCAAAAUUCUUCUUGGUGCACCAGACACACAUUGGGGAAAUUGAACUUAUCUUAUAACCAAAUUACAGGCAAUAUACCCGAGAGCAUCCAACUACUAUCUAGGUUUGAGAUUUUAUCGUUGGAGGGGAAUUCUUUAGAGGGUGAUGUCACUGAAUCUCAUCUUUCUAACUUUUCCAAAUUAUAUUACUUAGAUUUGUCACAUAACUCUUUGUCUCUAAAAUUUGGCUCCAAUUGGGUUCCUCCCUUUCAAUUAACCUUCUUGGGUCUUGCAUCUUGCAAGUUAGGUCCGAAUUUCCCUAGUUGGAUCCAGACUCAAAAUUCCUUAGUCACACUAGAUAUAUCUCAUAAUGGGAUGAAUGAUCUAGUACCAGAAUGGUUUUGGAACAAGUUGCAAAUUAUGUACGUUUUGAAUAUGUCUCACAAUAAUCUCAUUGGUUCAAUCCCUAAUAUGCAAUUGAAGCUUCCAUUCAAACCAUCUAUAUUUUUAAAUUCAAAUAAAUUUGAGGGAAAAGUUCCAUUAUUUUUGCUAGAGGCUUCCGAGUUGUUACUCUCUGCAAAUAAAUUUUCAGAUUUCUUAUGUGGAAACAGGGUAUCUGCAAACUUGGCCACUUUGGAUUUAUCAUAUAAUCAAAUAAACGGGAAACUGCCAGAUUGUUGGGAAUUUGUAGACAGAUUAUUGUUUCUUGAUUUAAGUAACAAUAAAUUGUCAGGAAGGAUUCCUGUAUCCAUGGGCAACCUUGUUAAAUUGGAAGCUUUAGUGUUACGAAACAAUAGUUUAAUGGGUGAAUUGCCUUCCUCUUUGAAGAAUUGCAAGAAUUUAAUUAUGUUGGAUGUGAGUAAGAAUAUGUUGUCGGGACCAAUACCAUCAUGGGUUGGAGAAAGCAUGCAGCGAUUGAUAAUCUUGAUCAUGCGAGGGAAUCACUUCUCUGGAGAUCUUGCCCUUCAUCUAUGUUAUUUGAAACGUAUUCACUUGUUGGAUCUUUCUAGGAAUAAGUUAUCAGAAGGAAUUCCAACUUGCUUAAACAAUUUCACUGCGUUAUCUGAAAAGACCAUCAACAAAACUGAAACUCAAAGUCGUGUGCAUUGGUACAAUGCAAGUUACUCUGAAAUCUAUAGUUUUUUCGGUGAUACCGCUUAUGUGCUUCACAUAACAUGGAUGUGGAAAGGUGUGGAACGCAACUUCAGACAUCCCGAAUUGAUUCUUCAAAGCAUCGAUCUCUCAUGUAACAAUUUGACAGGUGAAAUGCCAAAAGCGAUUACAUACAUGUUCGGGUUAGUUUCUUUGAAUUUAUCAAGAAACAAUUUGAGUGGAGAAAUUCCUUUCGAGAUUGGGAAUUUAAGUUUGCUAGACUCCCUUGACCUAUCAAGAAAUCAUUUCUCUGGAAAAAUUCCUCCUUCUCUUUCCAAUAUUGAUCGUCUUGCUGUGUUAGACUUAUCAAACAACCAUCUCACCGGAAGAAUUCCAUUGGGAAGACAGUUGCAAACCUUUGAUGCCUCUAGUUUUGAAGGAAAUCUUGAUCUUUGUGGGAAACCCCUUGAAAAAACUUGUCCUGAAGAUGAGACAAUGAUAAAGUCUGAAGGGCCAGAAGAGCAUGAUGAAGAUGAUGAUUCAAUUUUCUAUGGAGCAUUAUACAUGAGCUUGGGAGUAGGGUUCUUCACAGGAUUUUGGGGCUUGUUAGGGCCAUUACUACUUUGCCAACCAUGGAGAAUUGCUUAUCUGAGGUUCUUGAAUAGACUCAUAGAUUAUCUUCUUGUUAUGGCUGAAGUCAACAUAGCAAAGUGUCAAAGGUGGCUCAAAGAUUAG